CUUUUCAGCAAUUGACUUAGUAGCAGCAGCAGUGGAGGCACAGGCAGGCUUUUAUACUGAUGCUUUAGGCCAUUGGACUCCAUCCGUCUUCCAGAUCUGUGUGUGCUGAUAAGGAGUGAUACCAACCUCCUCCCAGCUGCUUGUUGCCAUCCUCCUCCCGGAGUUGGACUGAGUGUUUGUGUGGAAGAUGUUUUGCAGUGCGCCUGGGGAGUUAAAUCAUGGUAGCAGAUGUUUGGGGCGGUGAUCACAGGGCUCCAGCUGCAUGGCUGCGAUGGCCCCUGGAAGCAGAUUUAAGAACUCUGAAAUGAUAUUGCCGUGUGAGUGGGAAGAAUGCUUUUUUGUAGGAAAAUGCAUGGAGGAGUUUUGUGAUCACGUUGCAGGACACUUGAAAGAGUAUCUACAGCACCCCCUGGGAACAGCAGAGCAGUACCGGUGUUGGUGGAGAAAUUGUGAAUUUGGGGCAAAAGAUCCCAGAGAGCUGAUAACACACGCCAAUUUUCACAGUUACCACACCAAACUGAAAUUUGUGGGCUCUCAGUUACGGGCAUUGCACUGCGACUUGCCAGCGUGUUUGCUGACCAGCCGUAGCUGGCAUCAGUUACCACAGACCUCGGAGGAGUUUGUCUGCAACUGGGAGAAUUGCAAUGUUACUUUCAAUAAUCCAGAGUGGUUCUAUCAACAUGUUGCUCAUCAUGCUUAUGCUACUGAGGAAGAAACUGUUACAGAUCAGAAGAAAACUGUUUAUUGUCACUGGAAAGACUGCUUAGGAGUAUUUAAAGGCAAGCACAAGCUAUGGGAUCAUUUAAGAACCCACACGCAAGAAAGAGUUGUAGCAUGUCCUACUUGUGGAGGAAUGUUCUCCAAUAACACUAAGUUUUUUGAUCAUGUAAAGAGACAAGUUUCAGAAGAUAGACAAAUAUUUGUUUGCCAGAACUGUCACAAGCAUUUUGCCAAUGAAAGGCUGCUACGAGAUCACAUGAGGGGACAUGUUAACCGUGUUACAUGCCCACUUUGUGAUGUAGUAUGCACAAGUGUCUCCUCACUGAAAGCACACACCAGAUACCGACACUGUGAUGAACGUCCUUUCCAUUGUCACCUCUGUGACAGCAGUUUUAAGAACGCGUAUGAUCUGCAUAAACAUGUUGAAACACACAAUGAUUCAGAUGCCUACAGCUGUGAUGUUGAAGGAUGUGGUUUUACUUCACGGACUUUACAAAGUUUGAAACAGCAUUACAAGAGAGCACAUGUGAGUAAUGGUGUUCUGAAAUACAAAUGCCACAUCUGUCAGAAAUGUUUCUGCUGGAGUUAUACAUUGACCCUGCAUCUUCGAAAAGCGCACAAACUCAGCAGUCAUUCUCGUUUCAGGUAUAAAGAAGAUGAUGAGGGCCACAUGAGUUUGAAUUUAGCAGUAUAUAAUGCUGUCACAGGCUUAGGUCAGACUCUUAAUAACAAGAUGAUAAUAAAUAAGUCACCAGUAAGUCAAAAUAGUUUUGGAAGAGAAGGAGAGAACUCUGGUGAAAGAGACACUUCAACAGCAGAAGUACUUUUCACGCAACUUCAGCCAUGGUCACAAGCUACUGGAGAAAAUGUUCUUGUAGAAGCAGAGACUUCUAUACCGGAGCCUGUGUAUUCGGAACUUCAGACUGCAGUACAGACGUUUGAAAGCUGUUCUACUUCCUCUGGAGUUGAUGAAGCAACACCAGUGAAUGUGAAAGAAAAACUAAUAGAAAUUGACCUGGGCUUGGGAAUUCAGAUGGCUUUCUAGAAGAACAGUGUUUUUGUGGAUUUAUCUGUGAAAAGCAUACUCUUCAGAAGAGGUGUAUUUUUUUAAGCAGAACAUAUUAAGAAGUCUGCACUUUUAUCCUUGUCAAAAUCUUGUGUAUAACACUGUCAUUUCUCUGCUUUCAUGUUAAAUUAUUCUACUGUGCUUAGAGUAUAUAUAUGCAAGACACAAUAUUAUGCACAUAUAAUAUGUUCAUUAAUAACCCUUUGGAGAAGAAAGUCUUAAGUUUCACAUAUUCAUAUAGCAUAUAUAUGUGUGUGUAUAUUUAUUUACUUAUAAAACAAAUAUAGCCCUUGGGGGAAAGCAUUGACAGGAUACACGAGGCAAAGUUGGAAAUGCUAGGGAAUGCAUUCCAUCAUUUAUUACUCCACUAUGCUAUCUAUUAGAAAUCAGAUAACAAUUUGUGAUAUAUAUGUUACAUUUUUUUUGUUGGUUUCUUAGCCUUAUUUACUGACUUUAAAAUUAUUUCAAGAGUUAUUGUAGAGAAAGUUUUAUAAUGGACUUCUCAGCUACAAUGCACUGUUAAAUAAAUGCAUUAAAAUUAAAAAAAAAAAUGGUUAUGUAUAAAUAAAACAAAGAUACUUAUAGAGCUGAAUUUAGGAUUUAUGUAGAAUUUGCUGUAUUGAAAUUUUAUAGUUAGUUGUUGGGUGCUGCAGGUAAAAUGAUGAGAAAGCAAAUGAAUGAUAUUGGCAGCAUAGCUAAAAAUGCCUACCUGUGUUUCCAUAAAUAUUUCCACACAGCUAUGGUUAUCCUGACCCGCCAGGAAAAGUGCUUGCUAAAGACAUUUAUUAAUUUGAUUCUUGUAUAAAGGGCACAGACAAAAAGAUGGGUAUUUUUCAUAACAGUAAAAAUGAAAUCUGAUGUUGAAAAAGUUUUUUUUAAAAACAAGACCUGAAUGAGCUCUGUACAGAUGAGAAAGUGGUGUUCAGUCAGCUAGGAGACUGAUUUGCAAUGUAUUAGCACUGUCCAUGGAGGACCCAGAGGUAAUCUCUGGGAAUGCCUUCCUGUGCUGUCUGCAAAGCAGGAACUUUCGAGGUGGUGGUGGAUGUCCACAACAAGGUGGGCAGUACAAUCACUGUUGCUUACCAAAUUCCUUACCUAGGCAAACUGAUGCUAAGGCCCCAGGAUAAACAGUCCAACCUGCACGUGGGUGAGGCCCCAGCCAACAAGAACGGAGUAUCAGACAGAAUGGGAGCAGUUUGGACAAAGAUAGGCUGUCUGAAAUUGAAAUGAGAAUGAGCUUGCUAUGCAACUUCAAGGCAGCCAAGGAUUCUGGGGCACUUGUAUUUGGAAGGAUUUACACUGUGCAUCUCCUGUAGAAAACUGCAGUUUUCUAGAGAGAAAAGAAAAAGAAAUAUAAGGCCCCUGUCAUAAACACAGAUCAAAAAUGUCAGCGGUGGAAAUCUCCCAUAGCCAUCCACCUCGUUACUGCCUUGAAAGUUUCUGCUUUGCAGGCAGCUGAGAUCUUUGUGCUCGUGUUUUAGCGUUAUUAAAUAUGCCUGGCUGUAAAUUGUGGCAAUUCAGCUGAUGUUUCAAGAGCAGUUGAUCCAUCUGUGCAGAGGGGGCAGGCCAGACAGAUGUGGGUGGUAGCCUGAUUUUAAUCUGCCUUUGUGCAUGAAUCAGAGACCCGACAUUUUUAAUACUUUACAAUACAGGUAAAACUGACUCACGUUUCUCUGGGCAAUGAACAGGCACCACUAUAGCCUCUGGGACUUCCCCUGCUAAAUAUCAAAGGCCUGCAACAGACAACAGAGGUGUUAAUGCUUCCCAGAGAAAGAGUCCUUUAUAAUGGAAAGUAUUAGUCAACCAAAAUACAGUGGAGCCUUUUCCAGAUCUUUUAUAAUAGUUCACCAGAAGCCUCUAAUCCAUUAUCCAACAAUUUUCUCCUUUGGGCUGGUGCCCAUGCCUGCCUGAUUUGGAGUUUGCUGCCUUCAGUGCCAGCCACAUUGCAGAUACCAGGGCAAAUUAACAUAAGGCCCAUUCAGGACCAGGGCUUCACAAGGCAGAUGUAAACAUGGUGUUAUAGAUUUGGUUUUGAGCUUGAGAGGCAAGGACAUGGCCUACAAGUUCUACAUUGCUGCAGCUUUGUGUGAGCCUAUCAAAUGCAUUUUUGAAGGCAAAACUGGGGGGGCAGAUGCAAUGGGAUGAUCAUUUGUUAAUGGAAAGCUAUUUUGAAAGUUGUAUUUUAAAAUAAUUUUCCAUAGUUAUGUUGCUUAAUGACAUGCUAGAGCCUUAUGCUAUUGUGGCUUGGGUACCUGCUCCACUUAAUUAUUAUUCACAGUGUUUGCAUUCACACAAGGGCCUUACAAAGCUAAAAAGUCAAAUCAAUUUUCUUGUCAGUCAUUUAGAAUUUGCAUUCAUACUCUAGUUUGGAUACAGAGCCUUUGUUACCAGUGUUGUAUUUACUAGACAAUAGUAGUCCAUGACAAUGGAUUUCAAAGUUACUUUUUCAGAGUUUUUUUUUUUUUUUUUUUCAAACUGAUGUUAAGAUUUUGGUGUUACAUUAGCACUCCUAGAUGCUGGUUGGCAUGUAGGAAGCAAAAUAAAAUAUUCAUCUGAUUGAAAGAACUUUGAAAA